CUUGCUCUUUGCCCCUGUGAGUAUUUACAAGAGAUAUACUUCUUACUUUGGACAGAUAUUUCUAUAGUAUGUUUAUUAUUUCAGAUCAUUUUGAGUAAUUUGGUUUCCUAAACAUAGAAAAUAUUUAAACUAUUAAAAUGUACACUACACGCCUACAGUACAUGCAGAGAUGGUUUCUCAGCCUAGGCUUCACAUACGGUAUAAUUCUGUGUCAAUGUAGCUUUUGAUCACUGAAAUAGUAUGUAACAACAAUGUUGUACUAUCACACUAUUUUUUUCUUUCUUCUAUUCACUCAGUAGAGUGAUAUGACAGCAGGCAAACCAAACCUAAAUGGGAUUCUUGGGCAUAAAUAAUCACUACGAAUGCAUAUUCAGAAUAGUACUGUGUCAAUUUAUGUAUAUGUUGUUAUUGAAUCCACCAUUUUCCUUAACCACGGGCACGUUAUUCAGUCUGUUCAUAAUGUGCACUAUUUUGACCAACUGUUGCUUCAUGGCCAUGUCGGAACCAGCGUAUUGGGCCAAGUAUGUUGAGUACACUUUCACAGGAAUUUACACGUUUGAGUCAUUGAUAAAGAUUCUGGCGAGGGGAUUCUGUGUGGGGCCAUUUACCUUCCUGCGGGACCCGUGGAACUGGCUGGAUUUCAGUGUGAUUGUCAUGGCAUAUGUUACUGAGUUUGUGGACCUGGGCAAUGUCUCAGCAUUACGGACGUUCAGAGUCCUACGAGCACUGAAAACUAUCUCAGUCAUCCCAGGCCUGAAGACCAUUGUGGGCGCGCUGAUCCAGUCGGUGAAGAAGCUGGCGGACGUGAUGAUCCUGACCGUGUUCUGCCUCAGUGUGUUUGCCCUCAUUGGCCUGCAGCUCUUCAUGGGUAAUCUGCGGCAGAAGUGCGUCCGCAGCACAGCGCACUGCGUCAACAACACCCUCAACACCAACACCACCUUCUUCUGCAACAACCGGACGUGGCCCUCGCUCAAAGACUUCAUCGCAGACGAAGACAACUACUACAAAGUGGAGGGAGCUAAGGAUGCCUUAAUAUGUGGGGACGGGAGUGAUGCUGGGCAUUGCCCAGAUGGGUUUGAGUGUUUGAAGGCAGGAAGGAACCCUAACUAUGGUUACACCAGCUUUGACAGCUUCGGUUGGGCGUUCCUCUCCCUCUUCCGGCUUAUGACACAAGACUACUGGGAGAACCUCUAUCACCAGACUCUGCGGUCAGCAGGGAAGACCUACAUGGUGUUCUUUGUGGUGGUCAUCUUCCUGGGUUCCUUCUACCUGGUCAACCUGAUCCUAGCUGUUGUGGCCAUGGCCUACGAGGAGCAGAACCAGGCCACCAUCCAGGAGGCCUGGCAGAAAGAGAAAGAGUUCCAGCUGGCCAUGGAGCGCCUCAAGAGGGAAGCGCAGAAAGCUCAGGAUACAGAAUCCUUGAUGUCCCCGGAACUGUCCCCGGGCCUGGCUCUCCCUGACCACAAGGAGGUGCAGAGCAGGAGGAGAAGUCUGGAGGAACUGGUGGAGGAGGUAGAGAAUGGGGGAGACGUGGAGAAGGGAUACGUGACGACGUUGAAGGUGGAUACAGUGGAUGGGGGCAGGCCGGCACAUCCACUCCUCUCCCGCACCAUCUCCACGCGUACCAGACGAGGCAGCAACAUCAGCAUCUUCAGCUUCCGUCCCCGGAACAAAGACUCGGAGGGUGACUUCGCCGACGACGAGUUCAGCAUCCAUGGGGACAAUGAGGGAACACACAGUCGUACUGGGUCCCUGGUGAUCCCAUGGAGCACCAGACGCAGGCCCAGUACCUACAGCACCGGCAGCCGGGGUUCCCAGGUCUUCCUCAACGUCAAUGGGAAGCUGUUCGUGGCCAUGGACCAGAACGGGGUCACCCCACAGGGGCUCCCAGCCUGCAUCAUGGAGAAGGUCAAGGAGGAGAGUGGGCCAAACUCCAGCACCGAGUUGAGCACCAUGCUGCUGCCUCGCCCGGUGUCCAGAGAAGAGCACGUGCAGAGGGACCGAGCUCUGAGUGGGGCCAGCUAUCUCACAGAUGCCUUGGAGGAACUGGAGGAGUCGCGUCAGAAGUGCCACCCGUGCUGGUAUGAGUUUGCCCACAAAUACCUGAUCUGGGAAAGCAGUCCGCGCUGGCUGCAGUUGAAGGCGCUGGUCAAGGUGAUGGUGAUGGAUCCCUUCCUGGACCUAGCCAUUACCAUCUGCAUCGUGCUCAACACCUUGUUCAUGGCCAUGGAGCACUACCCCAUGACUGACGAGUUCAACGGCAUGCUGUCCAUAGGCAACCUGGUAUUCUCCGGGAUCUUCACCGCCGAGAUGGUGUUAAAGAUUAUCGCUCUGGAUCCCUACUACUAUUUCCAGCAAGGUUGGAACAUAUUUGACAGCAUCAUCGUGUGCCUCAGCCUCAUGGAGCUGGGCCUGUCCGAUGUGGAGGGACUGUCCGUUCUCCGAUCCUUCAGACUGCUAAGGGUGUUCAAGCUGGCCAAGUCGUGGCCCACCCUCAACACGCUCAUCAAGAUCAUCGGCAACUCGGUGGGCGCUCUGGGAAACCUGACCCUGGUCCUAGCCAUCAUAGUCUUCAUCUUUGCCGUGGUGGGCAUGCAGCUGUUCGGCAAGAAUUACCAGGACUGCGUGUGUAAGAUCUCUAAGGACUGUACGCUGCCGCGCUGGCACAUGAAGGACUUCUUCCACUCCUUCCUCAUCGUAUUCCGGGUGCUGUGUGGCGAGUGGAUCGAGACCAUGUGGGACUGUAUGGAGGUGGCAGGGCAGCCUCUCUGCCUCCUAGUCUUCAUGCAGGUCAUGGUGAUCGGGAACCUGGUGGUGCUCAACCUUUUCCUAGCCUUGCUGCUUAGCUCAUUCAGCUCGGACAACCUCUCGGCACCCGACGAUGAUGGCGAGAUGAACAACCUACAGAUUGCCAUUGGCCGCAUCAAAAGCGGCAUGGGCUGGCUCCGAAGCCAGAUCUGCGACUUCUUCAAUGGCAACUUCAAGCGGCGGCGGCAGAAGAGCAAAGAAGCCGAGGCCAUGCUGAAGCUCAAGAGGCUGAGCCACAGUGCUCCGCUUGGGGAGGUGGGCAACGGGACAGUGGUGGCGGUGGCGGGAGGGAUUGGACGCCACGGGGAGAAGAUUAUGGUCCCGGAGGUGGACGACAGCUACAUGACCAACCCCAACCUGACCAUCAGCGUGCCCAUCGCUCCUGGCGAGUCGGACGUGGAGUUCCCUGAGGACGAGGAUGAGGAGGAAGAGGGGGAGAGCGAGAGCUCAGAGGAGGAGGUGGAGGAGGAGGAGAGCAAGCAGGUGAAGGAUGACAUCAGCCUAUCCGAGGGCAGCACAGUGGAUCUGAGGAAGCCAGGGGAGGAAGAGGAUGAGUAUUCAGAGAUGGCCGAAGAGACCAUGGAUCCUGACAACUGCUUCCCUGAUGUGUGCGUACGCCAUUUCCAGUGCUGUGAUAUCCAAACCACGGAAGGCCUGGGCCAGGCUUGGUGGCGGUUAAGGAAGACCUGCUUUCAGAUCGUGGAGCACAGCUGGUUCGAGUCCUUCAUCAUAUUCAUGAUCCUGCUGAGCAGCGGUGCUCUGGCCUUUGAGGACAUCUACAUUGAACAAAGAAAAGUGAUCAAAAUGGUGCUGGAGUACGCCGACAAGAUCUUCACCUACAUUUUCAUCCUGGAGAUGCUCCUCAAGUGGAUUGCCUACGGAUUCAAGAAGUACUUCACUAACUAUUGGUGCUGGCUCGAUUUCCUGAUUGUGGAUGUGUCUUUGGUGAGUCUAGUAGCUAACAUGCUGGGCUACUCGGACUUUGCUGCCAUCAAAUCACUUAGAACCCUCAGAGCUCUGAGGCCGCUAAGAGCACUGUCCCGAUUUGAAGGCAUGCGGGUUGUGGUGAACGCCCUGAUUGGCGCCAUCCCGUCCAUCAUGAACGUCCUGCUGGUGUGCCUCAUCUUCUGGCUCAUCUUCAGCAUCAUGGGGGUCAACCUGUUCGCAGGCAAGUACGGCCGCUGCGUCAACCGGACGGGCUACAUCCACAACGUGUCCGUGGUCAACAAUAAGACCGACUGCCUGGCCAUGAACGACACGCAGUUCUACUGGACUAAAGUCAAAGUGAACUUCGACAACGUGGGCGCUGGUUACCUUGCACUCCUACAAGUUGCUACAUUCAAAGGCUGGAUGGACAUCAUGUAUGCAGCAGUGGAUUCUCGUGCUGUGGAGGAACAGCCUAUCAGAGAGGUGAACAUGUACAUGUACCUAUACUUCAUCAUCUUCAUCAUCUUUGGCUCCUUCUUCACCCUCAACCUCUUUAUCGGGGUGAUCAUCGACAACUUCAACCAGCAGAAACGAAAGUUAGGUGGGCAAGACAUCUUCAUGACAGAGGAACAGAAAAAAUAUUACAACGCCAUGAAGAAGCUAGGGUCUAAAAAGCCUCAGAAACCGAUUCCAAGGCCAGUGAACCAAGUGCAGGGCUUCUUCUUCGACCUGGUGGGCAAGCAGGCGUUCGACAUCAUCAUCAUGGUCCUCAUCCUGCUCAACAUGAUUACCAUGAUGGUGGAGACGGACGAGCAGCCGGCCCGCAUGGAGUACAUCCUCAACAAAAUCAACCUGGCCUUCAUCAUCAUCUUCUCCUGCGAGUGCCUCAUCAAGAUCGUGGCGCUGCGGUGCUACUUCUUUACCAUUGGCUGGAACAUCUUUGACUUUGUGGUGGUCAUCCUCUCCAUCGUUGGUAUCGUUCUCGCUGACAUCAUAGAGAAGUACUUUGUAUCGCCCACUCUUUUCAGAGUCAUUCGAUUAGCCAGGAUUGGACGAGUACUGCGACUCAUCCGCGGAGCCAAAGGAAUAAGGACCUUACUCUUUGCCUUAAUGAUGUCCCUUCCCGCCCUGUUCAACAUCGGCCUCCUGCUCUUCCUGGUAAUGUUCAUAUACGCCAUCUUUGGCAUGGCCAACUUUGCCUAUGUCAAGAAGCAGGCAGGGAUCGACGACAUGUUCAACUUCGAGACAUUCGGCAACAGUAUGAUCUGUCUGUUCCAAAUCACCACGUCGGCAGGCUGGGACGGCCUGCUCAGCCCCAUCCUCAACAACUCUCCGGAAGAGUGCAACCCCAACCUCAUCCACACAGGCACCAAUGCCCGGGGCAACUGUGGCAACCCCUCGGUGGGCAUCACCUUCUUUGUCACCUACAUCAUAAUUUCCUUCCUCAUCGUGGUCAACAUGUACAUCGCCAUCAUCCUGGAGAACUUCAGCGUGGCCACCGAGGAGAGCACCGAGCCGCUGAGCGAGGACGACUUUGAGAUGUUCUAUGAGGUGUGGGAGAAGUUUGACCCGGAAGCCACGCAGUUCAUCGAGUACGCCAAGCUGUCAGACUUUGCAGACACGCUGUCGGAGCCGCUGCGCAUCGGCAAGCCCAACAAGAUCAAGCUGAUCUCCAUGGACCUUCCCAUGGUGAGCGGUGAUAAGAUCCACUGCCUGGACAUUCUGUUUGCCUUCACCAAGCGCGUGCUGGGUGAGUCGGGCGAGAUGGAUGCUCUCAAACAGCAGAUGGAGGAGAAGUUCAUGAUGGCCAAUCCGUCCAAGAUCUCCUACGAGCCCAUCACCACCACGCUGAGGCGCAAGCAGGAGGAUGUGUCGGCCGCUGUUAUCCAGAGGUGCUACCGCAGGCAUCUGGUGCGGAGGCAAAUGAAGCAAGCCUCCUUCCUGUACAGAUCAAUGCAGAUCAGUCUGACGCAGAGCCCCACGGGCGAGGGGGGCACCGCUCCAGAGAAAGAGGGUCUCAUAGCCUCCAUGAUCAAGGAGCACUACGGGGGGCCUGAGAUGGAGCUGAUGGAGACCCUGUCCUCCACCUCCUCUCCACCGUCUUACGACAGCGUCACACGGGCGACUAGUGAACUUUUCCAAGUUUUAAUUUCCGAACAGUCCAGGAACAGUGACUUGAGGGAACAUUGCCCCGCACCCGACAGAGUACCAGACCGCGAGACAUUUCUGUAAUGGCAACUAGGAAAUGCUUUUUUCUCUCUUUCUUUUCUUGUUGUUUACCGAAUGUAACAUAGCUCAAAUGACACUGGUUUAAUACUUGUGGUUGUCCAGAGAAUCUGCAGGGGUUUUCAUAGAGAAAAGGCUAACUAUUUAUUUCUUUUUGGAGAACAUGCUUUGAGGGAGUACACAAAAGCGGUGUGUGUAAAUCCUAGAUGACCUUUGACCCUGCUCAUGUCAACUUUGCUUCACAGUUAAUAUGCAUGAAUGACCUUUGCAGGGUCACAACAAUUAUAUCACUGAUGUAAUAAUAAUUUAUUAGACUGAAGGAAAUACAGUUUAUCAAUAUUUACAAAGUAUGCCUGACCUUAUGAGUUCAUUAAAGGUCUUACUAUUAUUGGUGUGAUUACUUAUAAUAAAUAGUUUUCAAACUGUGAGAUGUGAGAAAAAAAACUAAGGGAUACAAUUUUUCGUAGUAAAGUAUAACAUUGUUGAUGUUACCAGUCUUUCAUAGCAGUACAAUAAUUACAAUUUUUUAUAUUUUUAGAGUAAGAAAAAAACCAUGGCCUCUUCUGAAUUGCAGUACUACCACAUUGUAUUUGAGCAUAUUUUGAGCAUUUUUGCAUUUACGUUUACACGUAAAGAUAUCCCGAGAUAUCCGGGGGCCCUGCAUUUUAGUUGUUUUUCUUUCAUAACAAUCUGGGCCUAGUUACACAAAGCUAAGAAGCAGUGCAGUAACCAUGAUCUGUAUGUGACAAUCAAACCGACAUCUAUCUCAUGGUUACGAUUGACAGAUUUCUCUUUCUCCAUAACUUCUGUAGGAUUAAAACUGCCCCAAUGGCUAUAUAUUUUAUAUGACCAUCAGCGAUCAUAUUCACUAUUAGUCGGACGGAUAAUCGUCCUAUUUAUUUUUUAUUUAAAGUGUGUUUCGCAUGUUUUGACUGCAUCAUAUAGUGACGUUGCGCUCAAGACUGAAAAACAAUUAUUUAUCUAUUUUGCACAAACUGUGUUUAGCAAUAAUUUACUACUUUUUAGGAUAAAAGGGUCAAAGUUUGUACAGCAUUUAUUUUUGCUUGAACUCUACAAAUCGUUCAGCUUCUCUUGGUUACCCAUAGCUUAGGCCUACUCUCAACUAUAUCACUGACACUGGUUUCUAUUUGACUCAAAUAAUAAUAAGGACACCGCUCAACUUUAAUAUGAUAUAUAUUUUCAGGUUAUGGUUGCAGGUGUGUUGAAGGGCUGUUUUCUGUAGCAAUAGAUCCAGUGUGUGCCUGGUAUAUACCCCUGUCCUGUUUCUAAAUGGACCUCUACUCACAUCGUUCUCCCAUUAGAUGCCAUGGGUGUGUGACUGGGAUCGCACUGCUAUUUACCAGUGUCUACGGGGACUUUUCUAAAGACAUUUCUGAUUGCAUGCUUUGUAUUGGGAAUGUUGGGGAACAUGUUUAAAAGUCGGGAGCGAUCCUAUUCGUUUUUGGGUGGGACAUUUUUAUACAAAAAUGUCAUGGUGAAAAGUCAACUCUGCACAUCUCUAUCAUAAAUGCACUGUUUUCAUCCUAACGAGAGCUGCUUCAUCAUAAAAACAUCCAAGACAUGCACAGAAAAUGCUUAUUUUUCAUUCUUAUAAACUGUCAGAAAUGCAAUAACCUACAACAGUCAUCUUCUCAGCAGUCCGUAUAUAAUCGUUUUGUUGUUAUAAUGAUUAUUCCCAGAGCAUUUCUCACUGCUCAACCACAAUGCAGUGCCUCAGUGAAGCCCCCAUUGCAGUAAAUAUUAUUCAGAAAGAGGUUUUACUACUUUCAGUUGAAUUUUUUUUGUUGUAUGUUGCAAACACAUGCCUCUGUAUUUAAGAUAACAACCUUGCGUGAAAUAAAUGAGAGCCUACAAUAUCACUGAUUAUUCUUUUGAUUUCAGAGUCAUGUAUGUGGUAGUGGUGCGCGGGUCAGCUGUUUGUUCACCCGCACCCACAAUUGCUAAUAACCCAUCUGCAACUUCCCGACUUCAUGUGAUAGUGAAAAUCUGAGGCCUGCACUCGACCCCAACCCUAAUAUAGAAAAUGCACUGUAAGCUACAGCCAGAGAUGGCAGAACGAUUUCUUUACGGGGGUACAAGAUUUUCUUUUGCCUGAUUUAGAUAUGUUUCUGAUGAUAAUUCCUGACAUUUUGGUAUGGUAUUUGUUAGUCAACUUGUCCAUACAUGCAGCUUCUCUUCUGUCAUUAUAUGUUGCCCUAGAAGACUAAAUAAACCCUUGC